GAUCCGCCCGGGGCUCAGGGCGCGGCCGACCUCGCCUCCCGCGAUGCCCAGGGGCCGCCCGGCCGCGGGGCCCGGGGUCUCCGCCCGCGAGGAGCGCGGCUUCCGGGCCCUCAUGGACCUCGCGCACGGCUUCAUGGCCUCGCAGGUGCUGUUCGCGGGCUGCGCGCUGGGCGUGUUCGACGCCGCGGCCCUGGGCCCCGUGGACGCCGCGGCGCUGGCGAGGUCGUCGGGCCUGAGCCCCCGGGGGACGCGGCUGCUGCUCGACGCCUGCGCGGGGCUGGGGCUGCUGCGGCGGCGGCGGCGGCGGGGGGCGGGGCCCGGGCGCGGCCCCGCCUACACCAACUCCGCCCUGGCGUCCGCCUUCCUGGUGUCGGGCAGCCCCCUGUCGCAGCGCAGCCUCCUGCUCUACCUCGCGGGCACCACCUACCUCUGCUGGGCGCGGCUGGCAGACGGCGUGCGGGAAGGGCGGAGCCAGUACGGCCGGGCCGUGGGCGUGGACACCGACGACCCCUUCACCGCCAUCUACAGGUCGGAGGCCGAGCGCCUGCUGUUCAUGCGGGGCCUGCAGGAGACCUGGAGCCUGUGCGGGGGGCGGGUCCUCGCGGCCUUCGACCUCUCGCCCUUCCGCGUCAUCUGCGACCUCGGCGGCGGGUCCGGGGCGCUGGCCCGCCAGGCCGCCCGCCUCUACCCGGGCAGCGAGGUCACCGUGUUCGAGACGCCCGAGGUCGCGGCCGCCGCCCGCGCCCACUUCCCGCCCCCCGCGGACGAGGAGGGGGUGGGGCCCCGCGUGCGCUUCCUGUCAGGCGACUUCUUCCGCUCGCCGCUGCCGCCCGCCGACCUCUACAUCCUGGCCCGGGUCCUGCACGACUGGGCGGACGCCGCCUGCGUGGCCCUGCUGGGGCGGGUGCGGGGCGCCCUGCGGCCAGGCGGCGCGGUGCUGCUGGUGGAGAGCGUGCUGUCCCCGGGCGGGGCGGGGCCCACGCGGACGCUGCUGCUGUCGCUGACGAUGCUGCUGCAGGCCCGGGGCCGCGAGCGCACGGAGGCCGAGUACCGGGGCCUGGCCGCCCGCGCCGGCUUCUCCCGCCUGCGGCUGCGGCGCCCGCGGGGCCCCUACCACGCCAUGAUGGCCGCCCGGGGGGGCGAGGCUGCGGGGGCCGGGCGGGGGGCGGAGUCGCCUGUGGGGAGGGGCGCAGGAAGUGACGUCGGCGACCAGGAGUGAGGCAGGAAGUCCAGGGCGUGUAUUUUUGUCCCCUAGGGUCACUUCCUGU